AUGCAAUUUCCCUGGGGAAAGUACAAAAAUAGACAUAAGGAAGAGGCCUGGGCCCUAAUAGGCACCCUGGACAGGGCUAUAAAGGCCCCGGGCUCAGGAGACUCCACACCACACACCUCCCUCUCCACCUGCUCCUCUGACCUACUCCAUCCUCAACCAACCACCAGAACCAUGACCUGCGGUGGCUGUUCCGGAGGCUGUGGCUCCAGCUGCUGUGUGCCCGUGUGCUGCUGCAAGCCCGUGUGCUGCUGUGUGCCCGCCUGCUCCUGCUCCAGCUGUGGGGGCGCUAAGGGAGGCUGUGGCUCCUGUGGGGGCUGCAAGGGGGGCUGUGCCUCCCGUGGGGGCUGCAAGGGGGGCUGUGCCUCCUGUGGGGGCUGCAAGGGGGGCUGUGCCUCCCGUGGGGGCUGCAAGGGGGGCUGUGCCUCCUGUGGGGGCUGCAAGGGGGGCUGUGCCUCCCGUGGGGGCUGCAAGGGGGGCUGUGCCUCCUGUGGGGGCUGCAAGGGGGGCUGUGCCUCCCGUGGGGGCUGCAAGGGGGGCUGUGCCUCCUGUGGGGGCUGCAAGGGGGGCUGUGCCUCCCGUGGGGGCUGCAAGGGGGGCUGUGCCUCCUGUGGGGGCUGCAAGGGGGGCUGUGCCUCCUGUGGGGGCUGCAAGGGAGACUGUGGCUCCUGCUGUGGGUCUUCCUGCUGCCAGUCCAGCUGUUGUAAGCCCAGCUGCUGUCAAUCCAGCUGCUGCAAACCCUGUUGCUGUCAAUCCAGCUGCUGUGUCCCCGUGUGCUGCCAGUGCAAGAUCUGAGCUCCUGUCACAGUCCUCCA